AUGGACAAGGUCACCGGGGCCAGACAGUCAAGUGGCCGCGCGGACGACAGCCCCGCAGUGGCGGACAUCGACGACGGUAGUUUUCUUGCGCCCCUGCCAUGCCUGGGUCGUCACGCAUCCGCCACAGCCCCGCCACGCCCUCGCCACAGCCCCGUCAUGCCCCACCCAAGCCCCAGCCACGCCCCACUCGGUGCUCACCAUGCUCCCGCCGCGCUCCAGCCACGCUCCCGCCAUGCCGAUGCAUCGGUUUGUCGGUCCUGCGAGCUGGCUCGGUCGGCAGUGGCGUCGUCCGGAGACGGCGGGAAGUCCUUAAGGUCCGCCAUCGUGGCCGACACGGCCAGUGGGCACCACCUCCUCACCAUCCACGGCUAUUCCUGCACCAACGUUCCCACCGGACAGAAGAUCAGUUCCCGGCCCUUCCAACUCGGCGGCCACCGCUGGCGAAUUGACUACUACCCCAACGGCAUAACCUCGGUGGUCGCGGAUUACGUAUUGCUCUCCCUUAUCCUCGCCGAGGAUGUUAAGGCGGCGGUGAAGGCCAAGCACAGCUUCUGCCUCGCCGGGGAGCCGGAGCAAAAGCAAGUCGCGUGGCUGAGGUGUGCGCCGGUGGUCACGUACACGUCCAGGGGGUGUUGCUUCUACAACCGGUACUCCACCUUCAUCAGAAGGAAGGACCUGCUUAAGUCCAAAAACCUAAAGAAUGACUCGUUCACCUUCGGGUGUGAUAUCACCAUCGUCCAUGGUGAGGCUUACGUCUCUGUGCCCCCAUGCGACCGGCGGGGGGACCUUGGAAAGCUCCUUGAGACCGAGAAAGGCUCUGAUGUGGUGUUCGAGGUCGAUGGCGAGACCGUCGCGGCGCACCAGUUUGUACUCGCGUCCCGCUCGCCAGUAUUCGCAGCUGAGCUCUUCGGACCAACGAAGGAGGGCAAGGCCGACGAAGGAGGCAUCAUGCGUGUGGAAGACAUGAAUGUGGAGGUGUUCAAGGAGCUGCUAUGUUUUGUGUACACAGGAUCGUUGCCUAAGAUCAUCAAAGAAGAGGAAGACGCCACGUACCAGCAUAUGCUCAUCGCGGCUGACAGGUUUGACAUGGGGCGGCUGAAGCUGAUAUGUGGAGAGAAGUUGUGCGGGUAUAUCGACGUCAGCACGGUAGCGACUAUCCUUAUGCUGGCUGAGCAGCACCACUGUGAGGUGCUGAAGAAGGCGUGCUUCGAUUUUCUUGCCGCCCCGACAAAUCUAAGGGCCGCCUUGGCUAGUGACGGCUUACAACAUCUGAGCGCGAGCUACCCGUCUCUUAUGGCUCAGCUCAUGGCCAGGUCCUUGGAGCAUUAG